AAAAACAUUCUUAAAUCCGCUAGGCGCCUGGAUUUAUUUAGACAAAUUCCAAGACGGACACACAGCCCUUCCCGCUUCGACGCACUGAAGUGACAGAACAAGGCUCGGCGUCAUCGUCUUCACUCUUCCAUUGACGAAGAGACGACCAUCGACGAACAGAGUCAAGAGAGGUCUGGCUUGCAGGCUCCAGCUUCCCUAUUCGACGUAGAUUCGACCGGAUUCCAGGGCGCUCGACCAUAGUUGGACUGCGCAACCAUGGAAGCUGAACGAACGAAUAUUUUGGAGGAAGCUCCAGACAAGAGGAGGAAGUGCAGCUCAGGGAAGCACCAACCGGAAAAGCUGCUGCUUUUGACUGAGAAAGAAUCAGCAGCCGAUAAGACUUCACCUCCUUCUGGAGUUGAAGUUCUGUUAUUCGACUAUUCGGUUGAAAAUCACUUCAGAGCUAUUGAAACUGUUUCCAAGCUAUGUGGGGAGCCGGACAUUGAUGAUUUUACUGAUCAAGCUGACCUCCAACGUUUUGGUUCAUCCAUCACGUUCCUUUCAGAGUGGAGACAUUUAAGCUAUAAACCAAGACGAAUAAGGUUUGCAUGCCAAAGUGAGACUGGUAAUGGGAAAUAUGGCAAAGUUGAAGAAACCGUCUUGCCUCAAUUUUCAGCCUCAACUGUUCCUAAGGGAGCCUGGAUUGAUGAAAAAGUAAAUUCUACUCAACCCUGCAAUGACCUUGUACUCUAUGUUGGAGGUUCUGUUUGGGGUAUAGACUGGUGUCCCACAUCAGAUAAGGACCCCGAGUGUCAAUUCCAAAGUGAGUUUGUUGCCAUUGCUGCCCAUCCUCCUCAAUCUUCAUAUCACAAGCUUGGUGCCCCACUCACUGGCAGGGGUGCCGUUCAGAUAUGGUGUUUAUUGAACUACAAACCAACAAAUGUGAAAGGUGAAAUAUUUCCGAUCAAAUCACCUAAUAAUCCAAUAAAGCCAAGAGGAAGACCCAGGAAAAAACCACCAAAUGCGUCACUAAAUGAUAAGCAUGGUGACAAUGAAAAUGUGCAACCUCUUGCUGUUGAAUACCCCAGAGAAACAUCCACAGUUCACAACAGGAUCAGUGUGGCUUGUGAAAACAUCAACAAGUCCCAUGAAGAUUCUAGAAGGAAGCAGAAGAUAACUGACCAACUACCAAUAAUAGGUGCAAGUGCUUCAGAACACAGAAGGUUGGAAUGCAGUGCAGUUGGCCAGACCUGUGAUUCGUCCUUGCCCUUGCUAUCAUGGCAUACAAAUGGAAAGUCCCCCUCCAUUCCAAGUUGUCAAGCAUCUACAAGCUGCGCUCUCGUAUCCAUGGAAUCAAGUGGUAAUGAUACAUCUCCCAUGGAGAUUAUUCCAAAGGAUGUUGCUUUGCCUAGAAUGGUGUUAUGUUUGGCUCACAAUGGGAAAGUUGCAUGGGACAUAAAGUGGCGACCAAAAGGUUUUUCUUCAUCCGGGCAGAGAAUGGGGUAUCUUGCUGUUUUGCUUGGAAGUGGAGCUUUAGAAGUGUGGGAAGUCCCUUUUCCUCGUAUAAUAAAACGGCUUUAUUCACCUGACAUGGAGGGUACUGAUCCUCGAUUUAUAAAGUUGGAACCUGUGUUUAGAUGUUCAAAGUUAAAAUGUGGUGACAGGCAAAGCAUUCCUUUAACAGUGGAGUGGUCUAUGUCAUCCUCACAUGAUAUGAUUCUAGCUGGAUGUCAUGAUGGAGUGGUUGCCUUGUGGAAGUUUUCUACCACAAACUCUUCUAAAGACACAAGGCCUUUGCUUUGCUUCAGUGCAGAUACAGUUCCCAUCAGGUCACUUGCUUGGGCACCUUUUGAAAGUAGUUCCGAGAGUGAAAAUAUUAUCAUCACUGCUAGUCACAAGGGCUUGAAGUAUUGGGACUUACGUGAUCCAUUCCAGCAUUUGCGGGAAUACAAUCCUGGUCAAGGAGUGGGUGUAUAUAGCUUGGAUUGGUUGCGAGAUCCAAGGUGUAUUCUUGUAGCUUGCGAUGAUGGAACCCUAAGGAUUCAGAGUGUGGUAAAGGCUGCCAAUGACUUCCAUGUGUCCGGAAAACCACUCACCAUAUCUAAACAACAUGGAUUUCACACCUAUAUGCGGUCUUCCUAUGCAAUAUGGAGUCUGCAAACUUCAAGGCGAACAGAGGUGGUGGCAUAUUGCGGUGCUGAUGGUACUGCUGCCUAUUUCCAGUUAACUAAACAAGCCGAGAGCGACGCCGUCAGAAAUCGAACUCCACAUUUUCUUUGUGGAUCAUUUGUGGAGGAAGAAUCUGCCAUAACAGUAAUUUCACCAAUGCCUAAUACCCCAUUCCGAAUGAUCAAGACAAACAAGUGGACAGAUUUGUUGAGAACCACGCGCACUUCUGCAUCAGGAUCACCCAAUCAAGAAAAAAGAACGAAGGGGGAUCAGUUGAGAAGUCCUUCGUCAGAUAAACAACUAGUUCUGUAUUCUGAGGAUGGAUCUGAUGAUCAAGCUCUGGCUCACAAGAACAAACAGGCGCCUAAAUUAAAAGCAAACAACAUUAAGGAAACAAAAGCUGCUCAACCACCACCUUUCAGUGGUCAAGUAGAUGGAUAUGAACUGCCUCCCAAGAGUGUAGCAAUCCACAGGGUGAGAUGGAAUAUGAACAAAGGCAGUGAGAAGUGGCUAUGCUUUGGCGGAGCAGCCGGAAUUGUUCGCUGCCAGUGGAUCGACACUCCCGCUUACUACUGAUCACAUGCUCAUAAAUACCAUGUAAUCAUAUUUAAUUCAUUAAUUAAACAAUGUACAUAUGCAUCAUAUCAUUAAUAAAAUAUCCCCCCCCCCCCAGAAGAUGGAACUGCAUAUAUAUAUGUACAUAUAUAAAUAUUUUGAAAUUCCAAAAUUUCCAG